UGCCUCUACUAAGGAGGUACACACUUGAUCAACUUACCUGCGCUGCGACGCUGAAGAACACAAGUGUACAACGCCUCCCAGAUAUGGCUCGUGCGGCUCACAACAUUCUGGUACUGGUCUUCCCAGUCCUCAUAGGUGUGACCAGCGCCGCCUACCUCGAUGAUCUCCAGGCCCCAGCCGCCUCCCAGUUAUCAUUAACUAACUUCAAUGGAGCUUUCGGGGGAGCUCCUCUUGCAAACGACGGAUAUAAUGGUAACGGAGGUGGAGGAGGAGGUUCUCCCGGCCGUGGUACUACGAGAGGAACUUUUGGAGGCAACAAUGGGAGAGGAGGUGGACUAGCAGUUAGCGGCAGCAGCAUCGGAGGAAGUGUUGACCCCAUCACUGCACUGGAGUCAGCCAUCGGUGGAGGAGGAGUGCCAGGCGAGGACUACCCCAUCCUCUCCUCCGUCCCUACCAGGUUCUCCUGCGAGGGUCAGCUGCCUGGAUAUUAUGCUGACACUGACGCAGAGGCUGGCUGCCAGGUGUUCCACAUCUGCCAGGAUGGAGGCAGGAUCGACUCCUUCCUGUGUCCCAACGGCACCAUCUUCAACCAGCAGUACUUCGUGUGUGACUGGUGGUACAACUUCGACUGUUCCACCGCUGAACAAUUCUACGAACUCAACGCUCUGAUUGGUCAAGUUGGCGCCAACAGCGACAGUUUUGGCUCUGCCUCGUCCUCUCAAGGAUCCUUCUCCUCCUUCAGUAACGGAAACGUCAAUGGUGGAUCUCCUUCCUCUGUUUAUCAAGUUCCAGAGAGCAGUAAUGGUAACACAAUCGGCUCCAGAGGCAAUGGAAAUAAUGACUUCAGCAACGGAAGAGGGAACACACGUAGAGGAGACCGACUUGGUUCAGCAACAGAUCGACAGAGCUCCUUUUCCCCAUUCACUGAUGCUUCUCUUAACGGUGGUGCUCCUUCCUCUCUUUACGGAACUCCAAGUGUCAACAACGGUAACUUUGGAGCCAGCAGCAACAGAAAAGCUGUUCUGAGGAACGGCAAAAGAAAAAAUGGAAAUGGUAGAAAGAAUGGCGGCUUCAGUAACGGGAACGUCAAUGGUGGAGCUCCUUCAUCAAAUUAUCAACUACGAGAAAGAGUUAACGGUAAUGGAGUUGGCUCCGGAAUCAGACAAAAUAAUAUCUUCAACAACGGCCAAGAAAGUUCCUUUGGAGGAGAAAGAUUUGGAUCAGCUACAGACCAACAGAGCUCUUUCAACCUCCUCAACGGUGUUCCUGUUAACGGUGAUGCUCCUUCCUCCCUUUAUGGACCCCCUAGUGUCAACAACGGUAACUUGGAAGCCAGCAGCAACAGACAAGCUGUAGUGAAACAACGGCAACGGAGGAACAGGAGGUCGUGGCAGGAAUGGCGGCCAUAAUGGCCGUGAUGUCCAGCCUCCAUCUGGCCUCUACCAAACUCCCGGGAAAUAAACUCCGAGGAUUAUAAUUUAUUGAUCAAAUAAUUAUCACACAAUAUUGUUAGUGUAGUAACUAAAUUAAAUUGUCAGUCUUAGUUAUUCAAACUGAAUCUAUUUAUAGAAAUAAACUUAGAUGAUAUAAAAA